AUGGGAAAGCGAGCCAAGCUCACCAGAUCAAAGCUCAAUCCGAAGGCCAGCACAGCGGCAUCGCGAAAGGCUCCAUUUCCAGAUCCGCCCAAAGGAACAGUCUUAAACCCAGAUGUGAACACCGUCUUCAGAGACCAACAUUUGUCCGUCUAUGGCCACCGCUUGAUGUCAAACCGCGAUCUUCGAGUGAUCGGAAUUGCACAAUUAAUGAUGGACUGGGCCUCGGACGACACUCAGCCGGACGGUGUACGCGAAGGGUUUCCUUUGAACAGUGUCGUGGGAAUCAAUCUGGUCAUCGACGACUUCGAGGCUGUAUCAAGGCGAUACACGGAGGAUCAGGAAGAUGCUUUUACCAUCUUUGCACAUGAGUGGAAAUGGCGCCCUCCGGUUCUACAAUCAUUCAAACCUAUGGAAGUCGGACGCUGGGAGCUUGAGGUCUUCGACAUCCUCUACAACUAUUGCCUACGACCUUUGGAGUACAACUCUUUGACGAUGAACCAGUUCAUAGCGUGGCUCUGUUCCAAUGGCAGCGUACCCAAGAGCUUCCGCACCAGAGUCGAAAGAGAGUGUCUUAGUCGCGGAGGCCUCAAAUACUCCGAGUUCUUGGAAAUCGUAAAAGCUUACGUCGACGCACAGCCAGAGGAAAUCCAGCGCAAGAAGAGACUCUCGGAGUUCUUCGCCAACAACGAACCUCCAAGACUCAGAGGCAUUGGUCUGAAAGAAUUCGAUCAAUACAAACGAGACGUCAUCAAGAUUGCUCAGUCAAAUCGGGACAUCCUUUUACUGUGGGAUGAGCAGUUCGUAUUCUGGCUCAGCAGAGGUUUCUAUGGCUUUCCUAGACUUGCCGGUUUGAUCGGCCGUCGGGCUUUCGAGCUGGCCAUCCGGCUCGAUGACACUAGGCCUCCUUCGUGUAAAGCCGCCAACCUUCUGUUCGGGGAUCUGUUGAUUGUGAUGGAGGAUUACAUCAACCGAGAACACAAUCGCCAAACCGAGGACAACCUAGAAUCAACAAACGAGCAGUCAGAUGACGCAAUCGAGCUUGAAGAUAUGCUGAGCGAGAUCUUGCAUAACGAAAGAGAGAUCCAUUGUCAGAGGGCUGAGAUCCACAAAAGACAGGCCGAGAAUAAAGGGACAGCUGAGGACAACAGACGUCUCUAUCUGCUGGAUCAGAAGGAGGUCAAGUGCGUGAAAAUGUUGGAAGAGCUACGACAGGCACAAGGAAGAAGAAAGGCCAAGUUUGAGCAAGCUAUGCCACGGAAAACCAAGCCUGAAGCAUCAAGAACAGAAGAGCUCGCUCCACAGACGAUCGCUGUUCAAGACAACGCACCAAAAAGGGCCGCACAGCGAGAGAUCAUUGCACCUCAGCAGCAAUACACACAUGUGCCCAGUUUGAGAUCGACGUAUGCUUCUACAUCUGACGAAAAGCCGGACGAAGCCAACCAUGAUCCUGAUUAUGAGCGUCAACAAAGAUGUCGUAUGGCGGAAAUCAGGCGACAGAGAUUGACUCGAAGGACGGGGUGA